CGACAAGCAACCGAACAAUAAAUAAUUUCCCUUAUUCGUAUCUCUGUAAAUCUGUGAAACUGAAAUAAUCAACAACAAACAAAAACUCUCCAAGCAUCAACAUGGAACUGGAUCCGGACUUUGUCAAGGAAUUCGCUUGCCUCAAGAUCUCCACACGGGACAUAAGCGCCGAGGAGCUGGCCAAGUUCGAUGCGAAUGUGCCGCUGAAGGCACGCGCCCAGGUGAAGCACACCUCGUACAAACACGUGCCACAGUUCUUUUAUGUGCCGCCGCCACCGGAUGACAAGCUGCGGCAUUUGCUGCGGCGAGAGGCACAGUCGCUGUUCCUGCAGCAAAAGUCCGAGGAGCUGCUGAACAACGAGGAGCUGCAGCAGCUGUGGCGCCUCUUGGAGCAGCAUGUCACUGAGACGACCGCCAAGCAGCAGCUGAUCAGCUACGACGACUACUGCAGGCUGAGGUCUGCCCUCGACAAGAAGUGCCGCAAGUAUCUCACGACGUGUCUCUUCGCCCAGCUGCUCAGCGAGUCGCCCUACCUGGGCAGCGUGGAGAUCGCCUCCGUGUUCAACUACACCAUGCGCAAGGUGUGGCUGACGCAGUGUCGCAUUGGGCUCUCCUUUUACGAUGAUGUCGGCCAGGGCUACCUGCGCGAGUUCGACUUGGAGAACUACAUUGUGGAUCUGAUACCCACGCUGGGGCAGAUCUGCGAUUGCAUGGAUCCCGCCUUCGAGAAGUUCUAUGUGUGCACGGUGGUUAAGCGGUUCUACUUCUUCCUCGAUCCACUGCGCACGGGUCGUAUACGCAUUCGCGAGAUGCUGGUCUCGGGCUUGAUUCACCAGCUAAUGGAGCUGCGCGACGAGCCAAAGCCGACUGAGUUGGAGCCCGUGCAGCUAAAUCCCUUUUCCAUGCCCGCCGUCCUGGCGGUCUACGGGAGCUUCCUCAAUCUGGACCUGGAUCACAAUGGCCUGCUCAACAAGCAGGAGCUGAGCAGAUAUGGCUCAGGCACGCUCACAUCAGUGUUUAUGGAUCGCGUAUUCGAGGAGUGUCACACUUACGACGGCGAAAUGGACUACAAAACGUAUCUGGGCUUCGUCCUGGCCCUGGAGAAUCGACAGACAUCCUCCUCGUUGCACUACUUAUUCCGUAUGCUGGACGUGCAGCACACCGGCUACCUGACGAUGCAAACGCUUAAUUACUUCUUCAAGGGAAUAGAGGAGCAGCUGGCGCUUAGGUCUGCCGAGGCGGUGCGGUUCGAGGACUUCAGCAAUGAGAUAUUCGACAUGGUUACCCCCAAGGAUCCGUGCAAGAUAACACUCAAGGAUCUGAGCAAUUGCGGCCAGGCGGAGACCGUGGUAUCCAUAUUAAUUGAAUUUCAUAAAUUCUGGGCUUACGAGAACCGCGACGACAAUCCGCAGAAUGCUUAAUGGCCACAUGCCACACGACGACAACAGCAGCAGCAGCAGCAACAGCAAGAGUAGCAACAGCAGCCAGAGUAAAUACGGCAACAACAUUGAGCGAAAUUUAAUUAAAAUCCCGAACAGACAAAUAAUAUCAGUAGACACGCAUCUGCAGAAGAGUUUGGCGCUGACUUUGACUGCAGAAAGGCUCGUUCAGACUAGCUCAAAGUGAUGUGAAGCCUCUUGUCCAGUUUUCCAUUUGGCCUUUGAGUAGAGCUCGAAAAUGUUGUAGAAUUAUUCUUAGCAAACACCAUGCACUAGACACUUUAAUUAACUCAUCAUAUUUUUUACUUCAUAAUGUUAAGAGAUAAGUAUCUUAUUUUAAAGCACUGCAGCUGGCAAAUGCAAGCCAACGCAUCACUGUCAGCCCAAGACAGCAACACUGAAACACAAAUUAUUUUGUAUGUACUUAUAUAGAAGACGUGUAUAAAUUAUUUGUGCAUUGACAUUUUGCGCUCAUUAAAUUCUCAGCAAACGAAA